UUAUAUAUGGAUUCCAAUAACCUUAUGGGUUCGGAUAAUAAGGCUCGUCAUACAAACAAGCCCAAAUAUGACUCAAAGGGGGAGUUGGCAGCAAAACUUGCGUCUCUACCUUAUUCGUUUUCUCAAACCCUACCUUCCGUCACUAGGAAGAAAAGCAACUCUUACUUUGAUAGAAAUUUUCCUCAAUUGGAUUCUGGUAAAAGUGCUUCAAAAGGACACUUAAUGGUGGCGGAAGAAAGAAACAAUGAAAAGCAUACAGUUGUUAAGGAAACACAAGAAAGAGGACAAGGAGUUAUGGGACCAACUGUAGCGGAAAUUGUUGCAGGAGUAGCUCAUACUUCGAAACCUGAGUCUCAUAUGGAGAAUGAAGACAAAGAGGAGCUGAAGGAAGCCUAUUCUAUGGAACAGGUUGAAAAGACUUUAUAUAGUAGACUGGUUCCUGCAACCAAUAGCUCCAAAAACAUACCAAGAAGACUAGGAACCUCUAUGACGAGUCAUUCAUCGUCUGCUACUGUUACUAACUCCAAUUAUCCGAGAAAAAAACAAACCUUGUCUCCACUGCCACGUCUAUCAAAGAAAGAUACUUUAGAAACUUUGGAGAAGAGUGGUGGAAAUACAGGUACAAUGCGUCCUUACACUUUGCAACAGGAAUCUUCUGUAGAUAAGAAGCCAGUUCAUGUUCUCCAAGUUGAUAACGAAAGUCGGAAAAAGUCUUGGAAUGUUUUGAAAUCCAACAAAAUGAACCGUAGUCAUUCAGCCAAUGCAGUUUAUGAAGAUAUGAAGGAUUCUCUUCAAGGUCAUUGGAAUAGAACGGAAGAUAUUGUUGAGAAUAAGAAACAGUUAUCUAUAGACAACGAGGGAGAUAAUUUGAGCCAGGUGGAAAGCUUUGUGGAUAAUGAGGAAGUUCAUUCUAAUGAGAAGAGUUCAGAGAAUACUGCAAGUUGGAAAACAGUAGAGAAGCAACUACACAACUCUAAUGAUGAUUAUGACAAGUUUGAGUCUCUUCUUCGUUCAAUGGGAUGGAAUCCGGAGAACGGAGAACAUGGAGAAGAAAUAACGGAGGAAGAAAAGGCACAAUGGCUGGAAAUGCAUUCGGGAAUAUCGACUAGUUCUGGUGGUACUGUUCUUUCUGGGAAUAGUGGAAGAUACUCCAACAAGCUUACUUGCUUUUCGACUAGUGUGGUUGCAGUUAAUGCUUUGCAAGCGGCACAUUUGCGUCGGGAUGGUGAAAGUUUUACGGAUUCAGAAGAGGAAGCUUCAUCUUCAGAAUACGAAGAUUAGCCUUUUGUAACUUUUAGGUUGUGAUCAAAACGUUGGUGGG